AUGCAGCGCAACCGCUUCGGCGAGAAGAGGAAGGGCGGCUUCGUCGAGACGCAGAAGGCCGACAUGCCCCCCGAGCAUUUGCGCAAAAUCGUCAAGGACAUCGGUGAUGUGUCGCAAAAGAAGUAUACAAGCGACAAGCGCAGCUAUCUUGGCGCCCUGAAGUUCAUGCCCCAUGCAGUCCUGAAGCUGCUGGAGAACAUGCCCAUGCCGUGGGAAGCGGCUAGGGAAGUUAAGGUGCUAUACCACGUCAACGGCUGCCUGACGCUUGUCAACGAGAUCCCUCGAGUCAUCGAGCCUGUUUUUUUCGCGCAGUGGGGUUCUAUGUGGAGGACGAUGCGUAAGGAGAAGAGCGACAGACGGCUCUUCAAGCGCAUGAGGUUCCCUCCCUUCGAUGACGAAGAACCUCCACUCUCUUGGUCAGAGAAUAUUGAAGAUGUUGAGCCUCUUGAGCCCAUCCAGAUGGAGCUCGAUGAAGAUGAAGAUGCGGCUGUCUACGAAUGGUUCUACGACCAUCAGCCGCUCAUCGACACACCUCAUGUUAACGGUCCUAGCUACAAGAGGUGGAAUCUCACACUGCCGCAGAUGGCCAAUUUGUACCGCCUGAGUGAACCCCUGGUGUCUGAUGUGGUCGACCCCAACUACUUUUACCUCUUCGAGUUGAAGAGCUUUUUGACGGCCAAGGCCUUGAACGUGGCAUUACCCGGCGGCCCCCGGUUCGAGCCGCUCUACAAGGAUAUCGAUCCCAAUGAUGAGGAUUUUGGCGAGUUCAAUGCGAUGGACCGCAUUAUUUUCCGCAACCCUAUCCGCACGGAGACCCGUGUGGCCUAUCCUUAUCUAUACAAUUCUCGGCCACGUAGUGUUCACCUCUCGUGGCACUCUUAUCCUCAGAUCGUCUACACGAAGACCGAAGACCCUGAACUCCCUGCUUUCUACUUUGACACCAGCAUCAACCCGAUCUCCUCGCGUGCUGUUGCUCCGAAGAAUCUUACGGUCAGUCACGAGGAUGAGCUCUUCGGCAAGGGUAACAUUGAGGAGCCUGAAGAAGAGGCAUUCGUUUUGCCCGCUGCUGUCGAGCCAUUCUUUGCAGACGAAGAGCUGGAAACUGAGGACACGCGGUCUGCCAUCGAAUUGUGGUGGGCUCCUUAUCCAUUCGAUCGUCGGUCAGGUCGGAUGGUUCGUGCUCAAGAUGUGCCUCUCAUCAAGCACUGGUAUCUUGAGCAUUGCCCGCCCAAGCAGCCAGUCAAGGUCCGCGUCUCGUACCAAAAGCUUCUCAAGACCUAUGUCCUCAACGAGCUGCAUCGAAAGAGGCCCAAGUCAAUGCAGAAGCAAAGCCUGUUGCGGACUCUGAAGCAGACCAAGUUCUUCCAGCAAACUACCAUCGACUGGGUGGAAGCCGGUCUUCAGGUCUGCCGUCAGGGCUUCAACAUGCUCAACCUGUUGAUCCAUCGCAAGAACCUUACCUACCUUCACCUUGACUACAACUUUAACCUGAAGCCCGUCAAGACCCUGACUACCAAAGAACGCAAAAAGUCGAGAUUCGGCAAUGCCUUCCAUUUGAUGCGCGAGAUUCUCCGUCUGACAAAGCUCAUUGUAGACGCCCAGGUGCAAUAUCGUCUUGGAAAUAUCGAUGCUUUUCAGCUUGCUGAUGGUAUCCAUUAUGCCUUCAACCACGUCGGUCAGCUCACGGGUAUGUACCGCUACAAGUACAAGUUGAUGCAUCAGAUCCGUUCCUGCAAGGAUUUGAAGCAUCUCAUCUACUACCGCUUCAACACCGGUCCUGUCGGCAAGGGUCCUGGCUGCGGUUUUUGGGCUCCUUCAUGGAGAGUCUGGCUCUUCUUCAUGCGCGGUAUCAUUCCGCUGCUGGAGCGCUGGCUUGGGAACCUGCUCUCUCGCCAGUUCGAGGGUCGCCACAGCAAGGGCGUUGCUAAGACAGUCACUAAGCAGCGUGUUGAGUCGCACUUCGACUUGGAACUGCGUGCGUCAGUGAUGGCUGACCUGAUGGACAUGAUGCCUGAGGGCAUCAAGCAGAGCAAGGUCAACACUGUCCUGCAGCACCUCUCGGAGGCCUGGCGUUGCUGGAAGAGCAACAUCCCCUGGAAAGUUCCGGGGUUGCCUGCUCCUAUCGAGAACAUCAUCCUGAGAUACGUCAAGGCCAAGGCCGACUGGUGGAUUUCUGUUGCCCACUACAACCGUGAGCGUAUCCGGAGAGGCGCCACUGUCGACAAGACCGUCGCCAAGAAGAACGUCGGUCGUCUUACCCGUCUCUGGCUCAAGGCCGAGCAGGAGAGACAGCACAAUCACAUGAAGGAUGGUCCUUAUGUCUCCUCUGAGGAAGCCGUGGCUAUCUACACAACGACUGUGCAUUGGCUUGAGGCGCGCAAGUUUUCUCCUAUCCCCUUCCCAAGUGUGUCGUACAAACAUGAUACCAAGAUCCUCAUCCUGGCGCUCGAGCGUCUUCGCGAGGCCUACUCGACUAAGGGAAGGUUGAAUCAAAGCCAGCGUGAAGAACUUGCUCUCAUUGAGCAGGCUUACGACAGCCCUGGCACAACUCUGGAGCGCAUCAAGCGCUUCCUGCUCACGCAGCGUGCCUUCAAGGAAGUCGGCAUCGACAUGAACGACAACUAUAGCACCAUCAACCCGGUCUAUGAUGUCGAGCCCAUCGAGAAGAUCAGUGACGCGUACCUCGACCAGUACCUGUGGUACCAGGCCGAUCAGCGUCAUCUCUUCCCUAACUGGGUCAAGCCGUCUGACUCUGAAGUGCCGCCUCUCCUUGUCUACAAGUGGUGCCAGGGUAUCAACAACCUUGACAAGGUCUGGGACACGUCGAAUGGCGAGUGCAACGUGAUCAUCGAGACGCAGCUCUCCAAAGUCUACGAGAAGAUCGAGCUGACGCUCCUCAACUCGCUCUUGCGCUUGAUCAUGGACCACAACCUGGCAGACUACAUCACAGCCAAGAACAACGUCACCUUGACCUACAAGGACAUGAGCCACGUCAACAGCUACGGCAUGAUUCGUGGUCUUCAGUUCUCGGCCUUUGUCUUCCAGUACUACGGCCUGAUCCUCGACCUUCUGAUCCUCGGCCCGCAGCGUGCUGCCGAGAUUGCCGGUCCUCCGCAGAGCCCCAACGACUUCUUGCAGUUCCAGGAUCGUGAUACCGAGACCAGGCACCCUAUCAGGUUGUACACUCGAUACAUCGACAAGAUCUGGGUGUUCCUCCGCUUCACCGCUGAGGAGUCGAGGGACCUCAUUCAGCGGUUCCUUACGGAGCAGCCCGAUCCUAACUUCGAGAACGUCAUUGGCUUCAAGAGCAAGAAGUGCUGGCCGAGAGACUCUCGCAUGCGUCUCAUGAGGCACGAUGUCAACCUCGGUAGGGCUGUUUUCUGGGAUCUCAAGAACCGUCUGCCGCGCUCUGUCACCACUAUCGAGUGGGAUGACACCUUUGUCAGCGUGUACAGCAAAGACAAUCCGAACUUGCUGUUUUCCAUGUGCGGCUUCGAGGUUCGAAUCUUGCCCAAGUGCCGCAACCAAAACGAUGAAUUCCCGGUCAAGGACAGCGUUUGGUCUUUGGUCGAUAACUCAACCAAAGAACGAACAGCGCAUGCUUUCCUGCAGGUGACAGAGGAAGACAUUCAAAAGUUCAACAACCGGAUCCGUCAGAUACUAAUGUCCUCUGGUUCCACCACCUUCACCAAGAUUGCCAACAAGUGGAACACCGCGCUGAUUGCCCUAUUCACCUACUACCGAGAGGCCGCCGUCUCGACAGUCAACCUGCUGGACACCAUCGUCAAGUGUGAGACCAAGAUCCAGACACGAGUCAAGAUCGGCCUGAACUCAAAGAUGCCCUCGCGUUUCCCUCCGGCUGUGUUCUACACACCCAAGGAACUUGGUGGUCUCGGUAUGCUCUCAGGUUCCCAUAUUUUGAUCCCAGCCAGCGACAAGCGUUGGUGCAAGCAGACCGAUGUCGGCAUCACCCACUUCCGCGCGGGCAUGUCGCAUGAUGAGGAGACUCUCAUCCCGAACAUUGCCCGUUACAUCAUCCCGUGGGAGGCCGAGUUCAUUGACUCCCAGCGCGUCUGGACCGAAUACUCGCAGAAGCGUCUUGAGGCCCAGCAGCAGAACAGGCGUCUCACCCUGGAGGAUCUGGAGGACAGCUGGGAUCGCGGUUUGCCCCGUAUCAACACGCUGUUCCAGAAGGACCGCAGCACUCUAAGCUUCGACAAGGGCUUCCGCGCGAGAGCAGAGUUCAAGAUCUACCAGCUCAUGAAGAGCAAUCCCUUCUGGUGGACGAACCCGAGACAUGAUGGCAAGCUGUGGAACCUUAACGCUUACCGUACCGACGUCAUCCAGGCGUUGGGCGGUGUUGAGACCAUUUUAGAACACACUCUCUUCAAGGCCACAGGCUUCCCGUCGUGGGAGGGUCUCUUUUGGGAGAAGAGCUCUGGUUUCGAGGCUUCCAUGCAGUUCAAGAAGCUGACAAACGCUCAGCGGUCCGGUUUGAACCAGAUUCCCAACCGUCGCUUCACCCUCUGGUGGUCGCCUACCAUCAACCGCGCCAACGUCUACGUCGGUUUCCAGGUGCAGCUCGAUCUUACUGGUAUCUUCCUUCACGGCAAGAUCCCCACGCUCAAGAUCUCUCUCAUUCAAAUCUUCCGUGCCCACUUGUGGCAGAAGAUCCACGAGUCGGUCGUCAUGGAUCUGUGCCAGGUGUUUGAUCAGGAGCUCGAGGCUUUGAGCAUCGAGUCGGUGCAGAAGGAGACCAUCCACCCGAGAAAAUCGUACAAGAUGAACAGCUCGUGCGCUGAUAUCCAACUGUUCGCCAGCCACAAAUGGAACGUCACUCGCCCGUCUUUGCUCUUUGACACCAAGGACGUUAUCGAGGCAACCACGACCAACAAGUUCUGGAUCGACGUCCAGCUUCGCUAUGGCGACUAUGACUCUCAUGACAUUGAGCGCUAUGUCAGGGCGAAGUACCUCGACUACACUACCGACAGCAUGAGCUUGUACCCGUCGCCGACAGGUCUGAUGAUUGGUAUCGAUCUUGCCUACAACCUGUACUCCGCUUACGGCCAGUACUUCCCCGGUCUCAAGACCCUCAUCCAGCAGGCCAUGGCUAAGAUCAUGAAGGCCAACCCUGCUCUGUACGUACUGCGUGAGCGUAUUCGCAAGGGUCUGCAGCUCUAUGCGUCCGAGAGCAACCAAGAGUUCCUGAACUCUCAGAACUACUCCGAAUUGUUCAGCAACCAGACGCAGCUGUUCAUUGAUGACACCAACGUCUACCGUGUUACGAUCCACAAGACUUUUGAAGGUAACUUGACGACCAAGCCCAUCAACGGUGCCAUCUUCAUCUUCAACCCGCGCACUGGUCAGCUUUUCUUGAAGAUCAUCCACACCAGCGUGUGGGCCGGUCAGAAGCGUCUGGGUCAGCUCGCGAAGUGGAAGACGGCCGAAGAAGUUGCGGCGCUCAUCCGCUCGCUGCCGGUUGAAGAGCAGCCGAAGCAGCUCAUUGUCACCCGCAAGGGUCUGCUUGAUCCUCUCGAGGUCAACCUGGUUGACUUCCCCAACAUCUCGAUCCGCGCCUCGGAACUGCAGCUUCCUUUCCAGGCCGCCAUGAAGGUUGAAAAGUUGGGCGACAUGAUCUUGCGCGCGACCGAGCCUCAGAUGGUUCUUUUCAACCUCUACGAUGAUUGGUUAAAGACAAUCUCAUCGUACACUGCCUUCUCGCGUCUGAUCCUGAUCCUCCGUGCGCUGCACGUCAACCAGGACAAGACCAAGCUCAUCCUGCGUCCGGACAAGACGGUGAUCACGCAGGAUCACCACAUCUGGCCAUCGCUUACCGACGAGGACUGGAUCAAGGUCGAAAUGCAGCUUCGCGACCUGAUCCUCAACGACUACGGCAAGAAGAAUAAUGUGAACGUGGCCAGCUUGACGACAAGUGAAGUGCGUGAUAUCAUCCUGGGCAUGGAGAUCUCGGCACCCUCUUUGCAGAGACAGCAGGCCGCCGAGAUCGAGAAGCAGCAGCAAGAGCAGGCACAGCUCACUGCCGUCACGACCAAGACGCAGAACGUGCAUGGUGAGGAGAUCAUCGUCACCACGACCUCUCAGUUCGAGCAGCAGACGUUCGCGUCUAAAACAGAGUGGCGCACCAGGGCCAUUGCUACCUCCAACCUGCGGACUCGUGCCAACAACAUGUACGUGGCGCCGGUGGACAACGACGUGGAUGACAUCACCUAUGUCAUGCCCAAGAAUAUCCUCAAGAAGUUCAUCACCAUCGCCGAUCUCCGUGUCCAGGUGGCAGGCUUUCUCUACGGCUGCUCCCCAGCCGACAACGACCAGGUCAAGGAGAUCCGCUGUAUCGUCAUGGUGCCGCAGAUCGGCGGCAACCGCAGCGUGCAGCUGCCACAGCACCUGCCGCAGCACGAGAUGCUCAAGGGCCUGGAGCCACUGGGUCUGAUCCACACAAUGGCCGGCAACGAGCUCCCCUACAUGUCCCCUGCCGACGUCACCACACACGCCAAGCUCGUCGACGCCCACCCCAGCUGGAAGAAUCAGAACACCCUGACCGUCACCGUUGCCUUUACCCCCGGCAGCGUCUCCCUCUCCGCUUGGGCGCUCACGCCGCUUGGCUAUAAGUGGGGCGUGGAGAACAAGGACCCCAACGUUGACAACCCACAGGGCUUCACCACCACUAUGGGCGAAAGGCGUCAGCUGUUGUUGAGCGACAAGUUCAAGGGAUUCUUCCUGGUUCCGGACACCGGCAAGUGGAAUUACAGCUUCAUGGGCAGCUCGUUUAGCGGAAUUGAGAAGAAGCCGUACCAUGUUAAGCUCGACACACCGCUGCCGUUCUAUAGCGAGCAGCACCGGCCGAUUCACUUCACCAGCUUCAAUGAACUGGAGGAUAUCUGGGUUGACAGGGCGGAUAACUUUGCUUGA